AUGGGGAAUUCGAGUCACCCUACCUUUGUCUUUGUCCCUGGAGCCCUAUCUCCCGUGGCUCAGUAUCAGCACGUCGUCGACCUUCUGCGCGCUCGACAUUUCGAUGCAACAAUCGUUGCCACGCCUUCUGUUGGUUUUCGUCCCGGGCCGGCAGCCACAAUGUUCGACGAUGCGGCCGCUAUCAGUAGUGUCACUCAGGCUCUUGCUAAUGAAGGCAAGCAUACUAUCUUGGUGAUGCAUUCUUACGGUGGUGUCCCGGGAACGCAAAGCGUCAAAGGUGUUAGCGCCAAGGAGCGAAAGAGUGACGGGAAAUCGGGUGGCGUUAAGAGGCUAGUAUAUGUGAAUGCCAUUAUCCCAGGCCUAGGAGAGAGUGUGCGUGGCUUGUUUGGGACACAAUUGCCGGCCUUCCUGAAACUCGUGGACGAUCGCCUCAUAAACAUUGACCCGGCAGCCAGCGCAAGAAACACAUACAACCCACUUGCGUUCACCAAAGCUCUUGAAUGGGCUCAAGGUAUGCAACCGCACUCUGAUAUCUCUUAUCAAGGCGCAGUAUCUUCCUUGGGUUAUGAUCACGCGCCAGUGUCUUAUCUGAGAUGCACGAAGGAUAUGAUCGUCGUUCCCGAGUUGAGUUCGACGUACUACCAGAAGAUUGCCGAUAGGACGGGGACCAAACCUGACUUGUACGAGAUUGAGACUGGACAUUGCCCCAAUGCUAGCGCUCCGGAUGAGUUAGUGGAUAUCCUUAUUGAAAUUGCUAGUAAGGAAGAGUAA